AUGGUUGUUCUUCGGAGGAGUCCACGUCUUCCUCACGGUGGUGUCGGUCCCAUGCAACGCCAAGCAAGCCAUUUCAGCUUCAUCCCAGAGAAGUUUCCAUAUAUCAUCAACCGAUACCAAAACGAGACAAAACGUCUCUACAGCGUUCUCGAAUCCCCCUUCGGCUGGGCGCGCGCAUUCGAACGUGUCGGACUUUCGUUCUCUAAGUUCCCGAAGGUUAAGGCGUGGGUUGACCGUAUUAAAGCGAGGCCUGCUGUUAAGGCUGGGUUGGCUGCGAUUUCGAACUGA